ACUAAAAGCUCAUCAGUCUGGUGAGCUCACUUUCACACCGACAGCCGCGCCUGAGACUGCAUUUGUCCCCAACAAGGACAUUUUGAAGUCAUGACCAACAUGCAAGGCUGCAGGUCAGGGGGACAUUUUUACGUGCUGGACCUAUUCACAUGCUGCGCGUCUACCGCUAAACCAGCAAAAGCAUGCCUGUUGACACCAGAAGAUUACGCGGUCCAGAGGUUUCCCAAAGCCCGUCUCUGUUCGCGUGCAAGCCGGCGGCAGUAUUGCCAUCGCACGGCCCCCGAGCAGACGGCCGGCAGCGGGACCAGGUGGACGUCCGGCCCGUUUUCGUCAGGUGCGGCCUGGUGAGCCAGGCUAAGGGCUCCGCGUACAUGGAGGCUGGAGACACCAAGUUGAUGUGCUGCGUUUACGGUCCCAGAGAAACAGAGCGUAAAGAUGAAACCGAUAUGAAGUGUGGAAGGUUGACAACAGACAUGCGGUUUGCUCCAUUCUCUUGCCUGGAGAGAGGCUCCUGGAUUCAAGGGAGUCAGGACAAGGACUUCUCCCUGAUGCUGCACGAAAGUCUGCAGCCCGCCUUGUGCCUUCACAAAUACCCCCGCUCACAGAUAGAGGUCAACGUGAUGGUUCUCGAAAACAGCGGCUCAGUUGUGGCACACGCCGUCACCUGCGCUUCCCUCGCUCUCGCAGACGCGGGUAUUGAAAUGUACGACCUGGUGCUCGGCUGCGCCAUCCGCCGGGACGGGGCCUCGUACGUGGUCGACCCGACGUACGCGGAGGAAAAUGGCGGCGGCGACGGUCAGGGAAGACUGACUCUUGCCUUCCUCCCCAGCUUGAACCAGAUUUCCGGGCUGCAGUCUGACGGAGAAAUGACCGUAGAGACUCUGUCUGCUGGGGUGCGCACCUGUAUUGAGGGCUGCUAUAAGAUCUAUCCUGUCAUCCAACAAGCUCUGGCUAAGGCAGUUCGGCGGGUGGCUCCCCCACCGUCAGAAAGCUGACUUGAGUUAGUUGUUUUCUGGGUCAAUGUCACCAUAAAGAGCCUUUGGUGUCCUCGUCGCUCUCGCUCGGAAAUCAUAAACAUGUAGCACAAUAAUGGAACUGAGGUCUUAUGAGAGUAUAUGUGGGCGAACGUUUGCACGUAUACCAACCAGUACAGUGGUAAGUCUCUGAAGUUGCCGUUUAUUCAUUUUGCUCCCUAUCGGAUGCACAUGAGUUUGCCAUGUCCCACGCACUGUAUGCAAUGAACGUUUGAACGAUACUACGUCCGUAUCGUAAGUUAUUUGAUAAAACGAGUCAUUUUGCUCGUCGUAUUUUCAUAAUUGGGAUAUUUUGCAUGCAUUCCUGAAACUGAGCUCCACCCUGUCGUCAUAGGGUGACUGCCCUUUAAGAAAUUGUUUUCAGCGAUAUUACGCCAAGCGUUUCAGCUUUCUUCAACGGCCACUGAAACAGUGGCUAUUUCCAGAAUCCAUUUGUACGCUCUGUUGAACUUAACACGUCUACUCUGUCAUAGUGCAAUAUCGCUUCAUGUAAAAACCUUUCAGAAAUUCCCAAAAUAUGGAUCGUCUCAACUUUUUGGGGGGGUGAAAUGGGGAAGUCCCAAAGGCACCUUAUAGUAAUAUUGACUGUUCUGUAAUAUAACAAUCCAUUAUACUUGCAUUUAACUUACAGCUGCGUGCUCAUUAAAAGGCUUUCCCUUU